UCAGGAGACGCGGUGGAGCUGGUGGAGGAAUCUCUGGACGUCAAUUUACUCAACAACGCCGUACGUCUCCGCGUCCAGGGCUGCCCGUUUCUGCCGGGCGGCGUGCACCUCUGCGAAGUGCAGAGCCACUUGGUCGUCCUGCUGAUCACCGCGCAGACGGUGCAUCGCCUGCUCCUGCCGCAUCCCGCCCGCAUGUACCGCAGCGAGCUGAUAACGGAGAGCCAGAUGCAGUCCGUGUUUACAGAUAUCAGCAAAAGCAACUUCAGAGACCCUUCGAAUUACUACGUGAUUCCCAGCGUGCCGGGCCUGGCGUCCAACUCUGUCGCCUCAGCGGCGUGGCUCAGCAGCGAGGGGGAAGCUCUCUUCGCUCUGCCCUCCGCCUCGGGAGGGAUCUUCGUCCUAAAGCUGCCUCCUCACGAUGUGCCCGGAAUGGUUUCGGUUGUGGAAUUGAAACAGAGCUCAGUGGUGCAGCGUUUCCUUACCGGUUGGAUGCCAACUGCCAUCAGAGGUGACUGUGGCCCGUCGGACCUGCCUGUCAGCCUCUCUGUUCACUGCCUAGAUCACGAUGCCUUUCUCUUCGCUCUCUGCCAGGACCAUAAACUUCGGAUGUGGUCCUAUAAGGAUCAAAUGUGCCUGAUGGUUGCAGAUCUGCUGGAGUUCAUGCCGGUCAGCAGGGACCUGCGGCUGGCAGCCGGGACUGGGCACCGGCUGCGACUGGCCUUCUCCCAGUCCCUGGGGCUUUACCUCGGCGUGUACAUGCAUGCACCCAAGCGAGGGCAGUUCUGUGUCUUCCAGCUGGUGAGCACCGAGAGCAACCGCUACAGCCUUGACCACAUCUCCUCCCUGUUCUCCUCGCAGGAGACUCUCGUUGACUUUGCCUUAACCUCGGCUGAGAUCUGGGCGCUGUGGCACAACGAAGAGAACCAGACCGUUGUGAAGUACAUCAACUUUGAGCAAAAUGUCGUGGGCCAGUGGAACCAGGUCUUUGUGCAGCCGCUGCCUGAAGAGGAAGUGACGGUUCGACACGAUCAGGACCCCAGGGAAACCUACCUGGAGUAUCUCUUCAUGCCUGGCCGGUUCACAAACGCAGCUAUCCAGAAGGCUUUGCAGAUCUUUUCUCAAGGAACUGAGAGACACCUGGAUCUGACGUGGGAUGAGUUAAGAAGAGAGGUUACCUUAGCUGUGGAGAGCCAGGGGAGGCUGCUCCCCCUGCCCCGUUUCCAGGGCAGCGUGACAGAGUACGAGUGCUCGCUGGAGGAGUUUUGGCAGCUGCAGGUGGAGUUCUGGUCCAAGUUCUAUGCCUGCUGCCUUCAGUACCAGGAAGCUCUCUCACGGCCCCUGGCCCUGCACUUGAAUCCCUACACCAACAUGGUGUGCCUGCUGAAGAAGGGCUCCCUGUCAUUCCUCGUGCCCUGCUCCUUGGUGGACCAUCUCUAUCUCCUCUCUAACGAGCACCUCCUGGCUGAGGAUGACGCCGCGCUCUUUGAUGAUUUGGAGAUGUCUCGUGAUGUUGUCUGUCUUGUCCAGUGCCUUCGACUGAUCGGAGAAUCAAUUUCCAUGGAAAUGGCAUUCAUCAUGGAAAUGGCUUGCUCCCGCCUCCAGCCUCCAGAAAAGGCUGCAGAGCAGAUCCUGGAGGACUUGAUAGCUAAUGACACGGAAAACGUGAUGGAGGAUAUACACAGCAAACUGCAGGAGAUCAGAAACCCCAUCCAUGCCAUCGGAGUGCUCAUCCGAGAGAUGGACUACGAGACGGACGCUGACAUGGAAAGAGGUUAUCUUUCAGCUCAUCACCUAAAUAUGCGCAUGAACCUCGCCCAGCUGUAUGGUAGUGGUACCGCUGUCAGCGUGGUUUGCUGGGGGGUUUGUAAGAUUGCCACGAUCCGUUUCCUCAUCUGCCGGGACCUGUUGAUCCUCCAGCAGCUGUUGCUGCGGCUUGGAGAUCCUAUGGUUUUGGGAGGGGGCCACCUCUUCCAGUCUCAGCAGGACCUGCUGCACCGCACCUCUCCCCUGCUGCUCUCCUACUACCUGAUCAGAUGGGCAAGCCAGUGCCUGGCGUCAGACGUCCCUGUCGACACGCUGGAGUCUAAUCUGCAGCAUCUGUCUGUGUUGGAGUUAGCAGACACCACUGCUCUAACACCCCAUAAGCUAGUAUCCGGCCCUCAAACAAUUGUGGAGCUGUUUUUCCAGGAAGUGGCCAGAAAGCACAUCAUAUCUCGACUCUUCUCGCAACCAAACACCUCUUUGGCCGAAACAAGUCUGAACUGGCCCCAUCUCAUCACCGCAAUAGUGGCUGACUUUCUGCCGCUCCUAUGGCCCAGCAAUCCCAGCUUCCUCUUCCCCGAGUGCCUGAUGGGGAGCUGCCAGUACAACCAGCUGCCGGAAUACAUUCGCCUGCUGCAGCCGUGGUGCCACGUGAACAUGGGCUCCUGCUGCUUCAUGAUGGGCAGGUGCUACCUUGUCAUGGGUGAGGGGCACAAGGCUUUGGACUGUUUCUGCCAAGCUGCGUCGGAGGUGGGAAGAGAAGAGUUCUUGGACAGGCUGGUCCAGCCUGAGGAGGGUGAGGUGGUCUCCACUCCACGCCUGCAGUACUACAGCAAGGUUCUGCGCUUGCUGGACAUGGUUGGUUUGCCGGAGCUGGUCAUCCAGCUGGCCACCCUGGCUAUCAUGGAGUCGGCGGACGACUGGAGAAGCCAGGCUACGUUGAGGACUUGCAUCUUCAAACAUCACUUGGAUUUGGGACACAACAGCGAAGCAUACGUAGCCUUAACGCAGAACCCAGAUCCCAGCAGGCAGCUGGACUGUCUGCGCCAGCUAGUGGUGGUGCUCUGCGAGCGCUCCCAGCUCCAGGACCUGGUGGAGUUCCCCUACGUGAACCUCCACAAUGAGGUCGUGGGGAUCAUCGAAUCGCACGCUCGGGCCGUGGACCUGAUGACCCACAAUUACUACGAGCUGCUGUACGCUUUCCACAUCUACCGCCACAACUACCGCAAGGGUGAGGCUCGGGGGGGCGUGUCGUGUUCCCUGUCCUCCAUUAACUGCUUACGGCUGAUCCGUCCGGAGUACGCCUGGAUCGUGCAGCCGGCUUCGGGAGCUGUGUACGAACGCCCGGGAGCGUCCCCGAAGAGAAGCCACGAUGGGGAGUGCACGGCUGUUCCAACAACUCGCCAGAUCGAGAUCCUGGAGCUGGAGGACUUGGAGAGGGAGUGUCUGCUGGCCCGGAUCCGGCUGACGCUGGUGCAGCACGACCUGUCCGCAGCGGCUGUGGCAGGCAACUCCACGCCCGAGGAAACGGUGGCUCUCCUGGUCCGGGCCGGCCUCUUUGACACCGCCAUCACCCUGUGCCAAACGUUCAAGCUGCCCUUGACGCCCAUUCACCCCGCUCUGCCUUGCAGGUGCAUCAAGCUGCAGCUGGGAGGGGAGGCAGCGCAGGCAGAGGCCUGGGACUGGCUAGCAGCAAACCAGCUCUCCGCCCUGGUGAGCACCAAGGAGUCCAGUGCCACGGACGAAGCCUGGCGGCUGCUGUCGUCCUAUUUGGAGCGUUACCCGUCCCAGAACAGCCUGUACCACCGCUGCGUCAUCAACAAGCUCUUGGCACACGGGAUUCCUCUGCCCAACUGGCUCAUUAACAGCUACAAGAAAGUGGACGCCGCCGAGCUGCUGCGUCUCUACCUGAACUACGAUCUGCUGGAGGAGGCGGCCGAGCUGGUCCUGGAGUACGUCGAUGCCGUGCUGGGCAAAGGGCACCAGUAUUUCGGGAUCGAGUUCCCGCUGUCCGCCACGGCCCCCAUGGUGUGGCUGCCCUACACCGCCAUCGACCAGCUGCUCCAGGCCCUGCGCGACA